GGGGAGACGUGCACGAACGGCGGCGCAAGGCGAGAUGAGGGCUAGUCGAGGGCAAAGCGUGCGCAUAGAUUCGGGGACCACAUUCGUGAUUCAGCAACUUUCGAAGCUCCCCCCCCCCCCCUCGAACACGCUCGAUGAAGACCAGAUCCUGCCUUUGGGUCGCCCCCCUCAAAUUUCUUACUCAUACAGCCCAAGGCCGAGCCCACACUCACGCCCACACCCACACCCACGCCCACGCCCACGCCCACGCCCCAAGGUACACGUACCCUUCCCUGCCAACCCUCGCAAUAAUUUGCAUAUUCCUUUAGCCUUUUGUACUGUUACAAGCAAGAAAAAAAAAACACACUUUUGUGGAGAGCGAAACGAUGGGAAAGCGAGUCGAAGGGUGGGGCGGAGGCGAUUGAAAAAGUUCUUGCCGCCAUACUUUCUCCAUGCGAUCGCAAGCGCAAGGGGCGCGGAUGGCCUGUGAAGAUACGAACGACGUGCUUGGCUCUCUUUUUUGCCAAGAAAAGAGUCCGGGCAAUAGGCGUUGCCGUCAAGAGGGCAUGUAGAUAGCGUUGUGUCCAGCCGCUUCGUUUGCAGCUUGCUGUGCUAUCGCAACCUGCUCUUCGUCUUGCUGCUCUUGUUGUUGCUCUUCAAGCGGCUCAAGUCCAUCCUGUUGCUGUUGGCCCAGAGCGUCCUGAGCUAGGGCGUGCAAGCCUUGCUCAUGAUGAUCUUGCAUCUCGUGCUCGUGCCCUUGCAGAUCGCCAUGCUCGU